AUGGAGGGCGCGGGGGGCGGCGGGGCCCCCCCGGGGGGUUCCGACCCCCCCGACCGCGCUGUCGAGUACCUGCUGGAGCUGAACCGGAUUAUCGCGACUCAGCGACAUCUCCUGGCCUCGCAGCGCCGCCGCAUCGCGCAGCUCGAGGGGCAGCUGCAGCGCCUGGCCCGCGAGAACCGGCACCUGCGGCAGCGGGCGGGGGGCGCGGGGACCCCGCGGCACGCGGGCCACGCGGACCCCGAGGCUCAGUUCCAGAACCACCUGGAGCCCGAGGGGCUCUACGGGGACCCCGAGCUGCCGUUCCCGGGGCACGGCGACCCCGCCGGGGGGUUCCCCCCUCACCUGGAGCGCGACGGCGGCUACGGGGAGCCCCUGGAGCGGGAGCGGCCGUACCUGCCGCGGGAGCGCUUCGAGCCGCUGGCCGAGCGGGACGGGCCCUUCCCCGGGCCGUACCCGGGCCGCAAGGAGCGGGAGCGGCCGUACCUGAGCCGCGCCGAGCGCGACGGGCCCUACGCGGCCCGGCUGGAGCAGGAGGGGCCGUUCCGCGGGGCGCUGGAGCGGGAGAUGCAGUACCCGGGGCGGCUGGAGCGGGACGGGCAGUACCCCGGCGGGAUGGAGCAGGACGGAGAAUAUCCCGCCAGGAUGGAGGAGGAUGGGCAGUAUCCCGCCAGGAUGGAGCAGGGUGGACAGUACGCCGGCAGGAUGGAGGAGGAUGGACAAUACUCCAGCAGGAUGGAGCAGGGUGGACAAUACACCAGGAUGGAGCAGGAUGGACAAUACUCCAGCAGGAUGGAGGAGGAUGGGCAAUAUCCCGGCAGGAUGGAGCAGGAUGGACAGUACACCAGGAUGGAGCAGGGUGGACAAUAUUCCAGCAGGAUGGAUCAGGAUGGACAAUAUUCCAGCAGGCUGGACCGCGAGGGGCCGUACCCGGCCCGGCUGGACCGCGAGGGGCCGUACCCGGAGCGGGACGGGCAGUACCCGGACAGGGACGGGCAGUACCCGGCCCGCCUGGAGCGGGAGGCGCCGUUCCGAGCCCGGGACGGGCACUACGGACCCUGCUGGGAGCGGGACUGGGCGCGGGGGGCGCUGAGCCGCGGCCCCUCCCGCAGCUCCAGCCCCGGCGGGGGGCACAGCACCAGCGCCAGCACCAGCCCGGCCACCACCCUGCAGCGCAAGUCGGAUCGCGACAGCUCCAGGACAGUGAGCGUGGACGGCGAAGCCGCGGGCAGCGAGGGGGGGGGGCCGGUGCCCGAGAGCCCCGGGAGACCCCCCCCGUACCGGGGCCUCCCCCAGCCCGCGCCGCAGGGCCCGGGGGGGGCCGGGGGCGGCCCCGGGGGGGGCGCGGCCUGGCCCCGGCUGCCCCCCCAGCCCGCCAGCGUGGCCCUGCGCAAGCAGGAGGAGGAGGAGGAGAGCAAGAGGCCGAAGGCUCUGAGCGACAGCUACGAGCUCUCCACCGACCUGCAGGACAAGAAGGUGGAGAUGCUGGAGCGCAAGUACGGCGGCUAUUUCCGCUCGCGGCGCGCGGCGCGCACCAUCCAGGCGGCGUUCCGGCGCUACCGCAUGGCGCAGAAGUUCGAGCGGCUGCGGAGCGAGGGCGGGCGGGCGCGGCGCCUGGCGCUGCCGGGGCUGCGCCUGCAGUUCUCCUUCGAGGAGUACGACCGCGGCCCCCCGGCCCCGGCGCCGGGCCCGCCCCCGCCGCCCCCGCCCUAUUUCCAGGGCAAACCGGCCUCGCUGGACGAGGGCGUGCUGGGGGGCCCGCGGCGCGCCCCCCGCUACGGGGGGUCCUGCCGGGCCGGGCUGGACGGGGGCGGGGGUCCCGGAGAGGGGCCGGGGGUGGGGGGUGUGGCGGGGGUGGGGGGCGCGGGAAGCCCCCCCCGGCAGCUGUCGGCGUCCGCGGAUUUCGGGCCCGGAGGUGCGGACCUGGAGGAGGCGUUUGCGCAGCAGGUGAAGUCCUUGGCCGCCUCCAUUGACGAGGCGCUGGGGGGGGGUCGCGGGGUCCCCCCCGGCGCCCCGGACCCCCCCGCGGGGGACAGCGCCGCCACCUCGGCCAGUGACGUCACCCUGUACCUGGACGAGGGGCUCCCCGGCUCCCCCCGCUCCCCCGAGAGACCCCCCAGCCCCGAGCCCCCCCCGGACACGGGGGGGCCGCCGCCCCCUCCCGCCCCUCCCCCUCCGCCGCCGCCGCCCCCCACCAACAACCCCCCCGGCCCCUCCGAGCGCUGGGGGGGCCCCGAGGACGCCCCCCGGAGGGUCCCCCCGUGCCUGGAGUGCCGGGGGCGGGGGGCCGGGGGAGGACACCCCCCUCUGCUGACGGUGGAGCCGCCGAGCGACAGCUCGGCCGACCUGAGCGACCGCUCGGACCGCGGCUCCGUCAACCGGGGCGGCCCCUACGAGCCCGAGCCCGCCGGGGGCGGGGGGGGCACCUUACCCCGCUCGGGGCCCCCCCACCGCUGCUUCCACCCCGAGGGACCCCCCCCGCCGCCGCCGCCGCCGCCGCCGCCGCCCCCCGGGCCCCCGCCCCCGCCGGCGGCCGAGGAGGGCUCGGAGGGCGACAACGAGAGCCUGGGCAGCAGCUCCAACUCCAACGAGACCCUCAACUGCUCCUCGGGCUCCUCGUCCCGCGACAGCCUGCGCCGGCCGCCCCCGCCGCCCCCGCCGCCCCCCGCCGCGCCCCCGCAGCCCCCCGGCGCCCCCGGCAAGGCCACGUACCAGCGGGAGCCGCGGCAGAGCUGGGACUCGCCCGCGCUCAACAACGACGUGGUGCAGCGGCGGCAGUACCGCAUCGGGCUCAACCUGUUCAACAAGAAGCCGGAGAAGGGGAUCCAGUACCUGAUCGAGAGGGGGUUCCUGUCCGACACCCCCGUGGGCGUCGCCCACUUCAUCCUGGAGAGGAAGGGGCUGAGCCGGCAGAUGAUCGGCGAGUUCCUGGGCAACCGGCAGAAGCAGUUCAACCGCGACGUGCUCGACUGCGUGGUGGACGAGAUGGAUUUCUCGGGGAUGGAGCUGGACGAGGCCCUGCGCAAGUUCCAGUCGCACAUCCGCGUGCAGGGCGAGGCGCAGAAGGUCGAGCGCCUGAUCGAGGCCUUCAGCCAGCGCUACUGCGUGUGUAACGCGGCCCUGCUGCGCCAGUUCCGCAACCCCGACACCAUCUUCAUCCUGGCCUUCGCCAUCAUCCUCCUCAACACCGACAUGUACAGCCCCAGCGUCAAGGCCGAGCGCAAGAUGAAGCUCGAGGACUUCAUCAAGAACCUGCGAGGGGUGGACAAUGGCGAGGACAUCCCCCGGGAGAUGCUGGUGGGCAUCUACCAGCGCAUCCAGAGCCGCGAGCUGCGCACCAACGACGACCACGUGUCGCAGGUCCAGGCCGUGGAGCGCAUGAUCGUCGGCAAGAAACCGGUGCUGUCCCUCCCCCACCGCCGCCUGGUUUGCUGCUGCCAGCUCUACGAGGUUCCCGACCCCAACCGGCCCCAGCGCCUGGGGCUGCACCAGCGCGAGGUUUUCCUCUUCAACGACCUGCUGGUGGUGACGAAGAUCUUCCAGAAGAAGAAGAUUUUGGUGACCUACAGCUUCCGGCAGAGCUUCCCGCUGGUGGAGAUGCACAUGCAGCUCUUCCAGAACGCCUAUUACCAGUUCGGGAUCAAGCUGCUGUCGGCGGCCCCGGGCGGCGAGCGCAAGGUGCUGAUCGUGUUCAACGCCCCGAGCCCCCAGGACCGGCUGCGCUUCGCCAGCGACCUGCGCGAGUCGGUGGCCGAGGUGCAGGAGAUGGAGAAGUACCGAGUGGAGGCCGAGCUGGAGAAGCAGAAGGGCGUGGCGGGGCCGCCCCGCGAGGCGCUGAACGGGCUCAGCUCUCUGGAGGACGCGUUCGGCGCCGAGGGGCUCAAGCGGAGCGCGCUCAGCAGCUCCCUGCGGGACCUGUCCGACAGCGGCAAGCGGGGCCGGCGGAACAGCGUGGGGUCCCUGGACAGCACCAUCGAGGGCUCCAUCAUCAGCAGCCCCCGGCCGCAGGCGCGGGGGGGCCCGGGGGGCGCCCCCGAGGGCUACAAACCCCCGGCGCGGCCGGUCUCCAACUCCUCGUCCUUCCUGGGCUCGCUGUUCGGCAGCCGCCGCGGGAAAGGCCCCGCCGGGCCCCCUCCGGGCGCGGGGGGUCCCGCCUCGGCCUCGGCCUCCUCCUCCUCGGCGUCUUCAUCGCACCACCACCACCACGGCCCCCCCGCGCCGCCCCCCGAGGCUCCCUCCAAGCUGCAGGCGCUGCACGCCCAGUACUGCCACGGCCCCGGGGUGGGGGGCGGCGCGGGGGGCGCGGGCGGGGGUCCCGGCCCUCCGCCGCCCCCUCCCCCGUACCCGCAGCAGCCGCCGCCCCCCAGCCGCCCCGCGCCCCCCCCGCCGCUGCCGGCCAUCGCCGCCGGGGCCCCCCCGCGCUUCCACGGCGGGCCCACCCCCCCUUUGUCGGCGCCCCCCCAGCAGCACGGCCCCCCCGGGGGGGGUUUCCCCCCGCCGCACCCCCAUUACACGCUGCACCGGCCCGGCAAGAGGGGGGGCGCUCCGCCCGGCGCCCCCCGGCAGCCGCUGUCGCCGCUGCCCCUCUACAGCCCCGCGCCCGCCCACCACGGGCUGUCGCACGGGUACCCCCCCGCGCCCCCCCCGCACCACCACCCCCCGCCGCCCCCCGCCCCCGCCAAGCAUUUCGUGUUCGGGGGGGGCGGCGGCGGAGUUGGGGGGGUACCGGCCGGGGGGGCCCUGCGGGGAGGGGGGGGCGGCGGCGGAGGAGGAGGGGGUGGGGCGCCCCCCGCCCCAUCACCACCAUCAUCACCAUCACCACCACCACGCGCCCCCUCCCACUCGCCCAUCCCCCCCCACCCUUCCUACCCGCCCUUGCCGCCCCCCUCGCCCCACACCCCUCUCAGCCCCCACUCGCCCGCCGGCCCCACCUCGCCCCUGGCCCAGGCAGGCCAGGGCCCCCCCAAACCCAAGGGGGGGGAACCGCAUCAGCACGGUGGUCUGAGCCCCCCGCCCGCCCCGGCAGAGCCCGGACGCGGCUCGUGGCAGCGAUGGACGGCGCCGGCCUGCUGGACGCGGUGGUUAUUUUUGUAA